GUGUAUGUUCCUAGUAGACAUGGGCACAGCUAAAUACCUCAUAAGAAAAGAGCCCUGAACCUUGGGGCACCUGGGGAGCUGACCCCAGGAUUUUACUGCUUUAGAAUGGGCUGUGGUUAAAAUAACAAUUUUUUUGUGUGUGACAAAAGUCCCACAAAUUCACCUGAUCUCACUUGUUUUCCACGGAUCUCCAGGACUCAGAGGAAAGAAAGCUCUUGAUAGGCAGCUAUACAGGUGAUGAGAUGGUGAGAGAGAUCAUGGAGCAGAAUCCUCAGCAGGAAGAUGAUGAAGUGGAACCACAAGGGUCUUUAUUGCAAAGAUGCAAAGGGAGUGUGUCCAGGACUUGUGAGCAGGGAAAAGCCUGUGAGAGUCAGCACAGGCCAGAGAAACAACAGGAAAAUCAGCCAAUGCAAAAAGCUGGUAAAUCUGUUAAUGAUCAGGGAACUCACAAAGGCCACAAGGAAACCACGGCGCAGCAGAGAAUCCCCAUGGGAGAGAGAAAUAACGCACGUGUUGAGUGUGGGAAAAAGUUCAGUAGGCGCUCGCGUCCUGUUACACAUGAGAGAAUCCAUAAAGGGGAGAAACCCUAUGAAUGUUGUGAGUGCAGGAAAACCUUCACUCGGAGCUCAGCCUUAAUUAACCAUCAGAGGAUCCACACAGGGGAGAAACCCUAUGAAUGCUGUGAGUGCGGGAAAACCUUUGCUUGGAGCUCAGUCCUCAUUAGCCAUCAGAGGAUCCACACAGGGGAGAAACCCUAUGAAUGCCGUGAGUGCGGGAAAACCUUCACUGAGCGCUCGAGCCUCAUUGACCAUCAGCGAAUCCACACAGGGGAGAAACCCUAUGAAUGCUGUGAGUGUGGGAAAACCUUCUCUCAGAGCUCAACCCUUACUAACCAUCAAAGGAUCCACACAGGGGAGAAACCCUAUGAAUGCCGGGAGUGCGGGAAAACCUUCACUCGGAGCUCAGCCUUAAUUAGCCAUCAGAGGAUCCAUACGGGGGAGAAACCCUACGAAUGCAGUGAGUGUGGGAAAACCUUCGCUUGGAGCUCAGUCCUCAUUAACCAUCAGAGGAUCCACACAGGGGAGAAACCCUAUGAAUGCAGUGAGUGCGGGAAAACCUUCACUGAGCGCUCAUCCCUUAUUAAGCAUCAGAGGAUCCACACAGGGGAAAGGCCCUGUGCAUGCUGUGAGUGCGGGAAAACUUUCACUGAGCGCUCAACCCUUAUUAAGCAUCAGAGGAUCCAUACAGGGGAAAGGCCCUAUGAAUGCUGUGAGUGUGGGAAAACCUUCCCUCAGCGCUCAGCCCUUAUUGGCCAUCAGAGGAUCCACACUGGGGACAAACCCUAUGAAUGUUGUGAGUGCAGGAAAACCUUCCUUCAGCACUCACACCUUAUUAGGCAUCAGAAGAUCCACACAGGGGAGAAAUCCUGCAAGAGAGAGAAACGCCAUAAAAACCUUUUGGCCCUCUCCCCUGUGACCGGUGGGGUUGUCACUGGGCAGCAGGUGCAGAGUGGGGGGCUCUUGCUCUUUCAGGGGCCGGUGACCUUCGAGGAGGUGGCUGUGUAUUUCAGCAGGGAAGAGUGGGCUCUGCUGGACCCCGCUCAGAGAGCCCUCUACAGGGAUGUCAUGCAGGAGAACUACGAGAACGUGGCCUCGCUGGAGUUCCCAGUUUCCAAACCCGAUGUCAUCUCCCAGCUGGAACGAGGGGAAGAGCUGUGGGCCCCAGAUCUCCAGGGCUCAGAGGAAAGAGAGAUCCAGAGAGGCAGCUGCAUGGCAGGUGAGGGGAUGGUCAGAGAGACCAUGGAGCAGAAGCCUCAGCAGGAAGAGGAGCAAGUGAAAGCACGUGGGGCAUUGUUGCAAAGAAGCAAAGGGAGUGUGUCCAGGAGUUGUGAGCAGCGCAAAGGCUCUCAGUGGCAGCACAGGCCAGAGAAGCGGCAGGGAAACCAACCAGCGCAGAAAGUUGGAAUAUCUGUUAAUUAUCGGGAAACUCACAAAGGCCUCAAGGAAGCCACGGCCCAGCAGAGAAUCCUGACGGGAGAGAGAAAUAACACGGGCUUUGAGUGUGGGAAAAAGUUCAGGAGGCGCUCACGUCAUCAGAGAAUCCACACCGGAGUGAGACCCUAUGGAUGCUGCGAGUGCGGGAAAACCUUCACUGAGCGCUCAACCCUUAUUCGCCAUCAGAGGAUCCACACAGGGGAGAAACCCCAUGAAUGCUGUGAGUGCGGGAAAACCUUCGCUCAGCGCUCACACCUUAUUUGCCAUCAGAGGAUGCACACAGGGGAGAAACCCUAUGGAUGCUGUGAGUGCGGGAAAACCUUCACUCGGAGCUCAGGCCUUAUUCGCCAUCAGAGGAUCCACACAGGGGAGAAACCCUAUGGAUGCUGCGAGUGCGGGAAAACCUUCACUGAGCGCUCGCACCUUAUUUGCCAUCAGAGAAUCCACAAAGGGCAGCGCCCCUAUGGAUGCUGCGAGUGCGGGAAAACCUUCACUCAGCAUUCAAAUCUCAUUGCACAUCAGAGGAGUCACACAAGGGAGAAACCCUAUAAAUGCUAUGAGUGUGGGAAAACCUUCUCUUGGCACUCAGCCCUUAUAAAACAUUGGAGGAUCCACACAGGUGAGAAACCCUACAAAUGCCAUGAGUGUGGGAAAACCUUCAUUGACAGCUCACACCUUACUUGCCAUCAGAGAAUCCACACAGGGGAGAAACCCUAUGGAUGCUGCGAGUGCGGGAAAACCUUCGCUCGGAAAUCUGGCCUUACUACACAUCAGAGGAUCCACACAGGGGAGAAACCCUAUGAAUGCCGGGAGUGCGGGAAAACCUUCCAUCACAGCUUUUCUCUUAUGUAUCACCAGAGAAGCUGCAAGGGAGAUAAACACCAUGAAAAUCCUGUCUAGGACUCAGAAAAGAUUCCCCCCCCUUUCCCUAAUUCCAAAGUAGUGAA